AAAAAAGUGUGAUUAAUAAGGAAGUAGAUAUAAUAAAGGUCGGUUAAUAUUAGAAAUUAUUUACUUUUCAAUUAGAUUCAUUCAUCACAGCCAUCGAUAUGAAAUAAGAACAUUAUUUUAAAUGAAUUUUAAUAUGCCAUUAUUCAACUGGCCAUCGAUGUUUUUAUUCGGACUAACUCUGUACGUAUUGUACAAAUAUUUGACGAGAAAUCACAAUUAUUGGAAAAGUCGAGGAGUGCCGUUUGAAGAACCGUAUUUUUUAGUGGGUAACUUUUGGGAAGUAUUUUCUGGAAAAAUGCAAAUAGGAAAACAUCUCGGUUAUCUUUAUAGCAAAUAUAACAGUCCCUAUUUUGGAAUAUACAUUUUAGGAAAACCUUAUUUAGUUGUAAGAAGUCCAGAGAUAAUAAAGAAAAUCACGAUAAGAGAUUUCAAAAACUUUGACGAUAGGACGUUUGCUUGUGACAAAAAUGCCGAUGAAUUAGCGGCAAAUAGUUUGUUUAUAAUGAGGAAUCCCGAUUGGAAAUAUAUAAGAGCGAGACUAACACCGAUUUUCACCUCUGGAAAAUUGAAAUUAAUGUUAAAUAUUGUGAAACUAUCCGCUAGAGGGAUGCAAGAAUACUUAAAACAAUUCGACCGGAAGAACGUAGACGUUAAGGAAAUCUCCUCCAAAUUCAUGACAGAUGUCGUCGCUUCCUGUUUCUUCGGUUACGACGCAAAAGCGUUCAAAGAUAACAAUUCCGAAUUCUACAAAUUUACACAAAAUAUGUUCGCUUCUAAGUUAUCAUUUUUGAAUUUGUUUUCGUAUUUCUUCGCUCCUAUCUUAGUUUCUUUGUUAAAAUUGCAAUUUUUAGAAUACGGAUUGCUCAGAAGAAUAUUUUUAGAUACUUUGAAAUAUCGAGAAAAAAAUAACGUCAAACGAAAUGAUUUUGUCGAUUUGUUGCUGCAGCUAAGAGACAAUCGCAAAGAAGAAGAUUUAAAUGUUGAUUUUGGUGUUAACAGAAUGAUAGCCCAAUCAAUGACUUUUUUCGUCGCUGGUUUCGAAACUACAAGCAACGCUGUAGCUUUCGCUCUUUACGAACUUUGUCUUAGAAUUGACUGUCAAGAUAAACUGAGAGAAGAAAUAUUCUUACACAUUAAAAACGAAGGGGAUGUCACUUUCGAAAAUAUUCAAAAAAUGAAGUAUCUCGAUAUGGUUCUUUCGGAAACUCUACGUCGAUAUCCUUUCGGUCCGUUCUUAAACCGGAACUGUCGAGAAGAUUAUUUAAUCGAAGAGACUGGUUUGUUGAUAGAGAAAGGAACUCCAGUUUUGAUUCCAUUAGACGGUCUACAUUAUGAUCCUGAAUACUUUCCAAAUCCCGAAAGAUUUGAUCCGGAUAGAUUCAUUGAUGGAAACAAACACAAUUAUACUCAGUCGUGUGUUUAUAUGCCGUUCGGAAUGGGCCCAAGGAACUGUAUAGGUGACAGGUUCGGUUUAAUAUGUGCUAAAAUAGGACUAGUUUACUUCCUACAACAAUUCAAAGUAGAACAAUGCGAAGACACCCCAGUGCCUUUGGUGUUAAAUCCAAGAACUCCGUUCAUGGUACCUUUGAAUGGGCUCAAAAUGACCGUUACACAAAUACAGAAAUAAAUUAUUUAUUUUGCAAAAAUUUGUAGUGUGCCCAAACGCGGGUAAAUAGUAGAUGCUGCGUUAAUAUUUUUAGAAAUAGAAACUUUUUGAUGCCACAUAGAAAUUUAUUCGACUUUGUUAUUUACAACACCUUGUAAAUCGAUAUGUUGAUAUAUCACUACAAAAAUUGAUGAUUGAAUUAAAACGAGUACGAGGUUACUUCUAAACAACGUUGCCAGACUUUGAAAACGUUAUGGAUUGAGGAAAUGUAAAACAAUGAGGUUAUGUUGAUUGGUGACGGUGAGCGGUAUUGUUGGUAUCAAAUUUGAAAAUGAAUAAGUUAUUGACGAUGUAUUAACUAUCAAAUAAAGAACUUAACC